AUGCAAAUGGUCAAGGAUGUUCUAGCCAACAGUGAUAAAGUUUCAGAGGUCCUACAAGAGUCUACUCAUCAGUUCAACCUGCUUACUUCACCCACCUUCCUACCAAAGGUCAAGGAUCAAGGGAAAUUCACUCUCCCUUGCACACUUGGGCAUCUUGAGAUUGACAAUGCCUUAGUGGAUUCUGGAGCAAGCAUCAAUCUGAUCUCUCUCUCCAUGGCAGAGAAGCUAGGCAUAGCUGGAGCCUUGCAGCGCCCUACUACUUCAAUCAUGUUUGGAGAUGCAACUUCUAAGUCUCCUCUUGGAGUGUUCAAGAACUAUCACUUGAAAAUUGGAGAAUGCAUCAUCCAAACUGAUCUCACUGUGAUGGAAAUGGAAGAAGAGAAGGAUUUGCCUCUGUUAUUGGGAACCCCUUUCCUUAGUACAGUUGGCGCUUCAAUAGACUUUCACAAGCAAGAAGUGAUCCUUCACAAGGUGAAUAGUUUGGUGUCAUAUCGCUUGCAGCCUAGAGGUUCAGACUUUUGUGCCACAAUUGACAGUACCAAUCUCAGUUCUAAGAGUCAUGGAGCUACAAAGGUUGUGAAGGAAAGGGUUGACAAGGAACCAAGAGUUGGGAAGGAUAAGGAUGAGAGAGGACCAAGGAUUGAGAAGCCACGUCUUGAGAGGGCUAGAGUUGAGAAACCACGAUCUGAUAGGCCAAGAGCUGAGAGACUUGUUCAAGCCCCUUGUGUGCUUGAUGAAGAGAGCCUUCAAGCUUUGUUUGAUGAGCCACUAGGAAGGGCUCUAAAAGAAGGGGAGGAUGCAGCCUCUAAGGCAAGACCAGGAUAA